GCUGCAGUUCAUUGAGCGAAACGGAAAGAGAAAAGGGAGUAAGCAGAGCUGUCACAUCGCGCCUGGUAUUUUGGGUUGGAGUGCUGUGGUCUGGGAGCAAAAAAGCAAGACGGGACGAGUGCGCGAAAGAAAGCUAGAGUUAUCCAGAGGACAUGGCGGAGACGAGCGAGGUUUUGAUGUCGGUGUUGUCCACUAUUCGGGUCCCGAGGCCCGGAGACCGCGUUCAUAAAGAUGAGUGCGCGCUGUCAUUCGCUUCUCCGGAGAGCGAGGGAGGUCUGUACGUCUGCAUGAACUCUUUCCUUGGCUUUGGGAGUCGCUUUGUGGAGCGGCAUCACGCGCGGUCCGGCCAGAGAGCUUACCUGCACAUCAAGCGCACGCGCAAGCCGCACACCCAGAAAGAGGAUGACGGCAGUACCGGGUCAGGGGAUCCUCCCAAGAAGAAACCCACUCGCUUGGCCAUAGGGAUCGAGGGCGGAUUUGACGUGGAGCAGGAGCAGUAUGAGGAGGAAGUCAAGGUUGUCCUUUUCCCAGACAGACAGGAAGUCACCUCAGAGGACCUGGCCACUAUGCCAGAUGUAGUGAGAGAGCGAGUGUCACUGUCGAUGGCGGGGUUGCUGGCUGCAGACUCAGUAUCACAAGCCCUGCAGGUGCAGCAGUGGGACGGAGAAGUGAGGCAGGAGUCCAAACAUGCAGCUGAACUCAAGCAGCUCGAUAACGGAGUCAAAAUUCCUCCUAGUGGGUGGAAGUGUGAGGUGUGUGACCUGCAGGAGAACCUGUGGAUGAACUUGACGGAUGGCAAGGUACUGUGUGGGCGGAGAUAUUUCGAUGGUUCAGGUGGAAAUAACCACGCUCUUCAGCACUUCCAGGAGACAGGGUACCCGCUGGCUGUCAAACUGGGCACCAUCACUCCUGACGGAGCUGACGUUUACUCAUAUGAUGAGGAUGACAUGGUUUUGGACUCAAAACUGGCAGAGCAUCUCACCCAUUUUGGUAUUGAUAUGAUGACCAUGGAGAAAACGGAACACACUAUGACUGAAUUAGAGAUUGCAGUGAACCAGCGUGUGGGGGAGUGGGAAGUGAUUCAGGAGUCUGGCACCACACUGAGGCCUCUCUGGGGCCCUGGGCUCACGGGUAUGAAGAACCUGGGCAACAGCUGCUACCUCAACUCAGUCAUGCAAGUGCUCUUCACCAUCCCUGACUUCCAGGAAAAGUAUGUGUCCAGCAUUGACAAGAUCCUGGAUGAAGCCCCAAGUGAUCCCAGUCAAGACUUUAAAACACAAGUAGCAAAACUGGGCUAUGGUUUGCUUUCGGGAGAAUACUCUAAACCAGCUCCAGACCUAGGCGAUGACCCCAGUGCGUCCUCUGAACCCAGGGGAGAUCAGGUUGGCAUAGCACCCCGCAUGUUCAAAGCCCUCGUUGGACGGGGCCACCCUGAAUUUUCCACUAAUCGGCAACAAGACGCUCAGGAGUUUUUUCUUCACUUCAUAAACAUGGUGGAGAGGAACUGCCGGUCAGGGCCAAACCCAUCUGAAGCAUUCCGCUUCCUGGUGGAGGAAAGGAUCGUGUGCCAGCAGUCUCAGAAGGCCAAAUAUACUCAACGAGUGGACUACAUAGUUCAGCUGCCUGUGCCUAUGGACCAGGCCACCAACACAGAAGAGUUACAGGAGGCUGAGCGUCUGCGGGAAGAGGCAGAGUCAUCUGGAAACCCCCCUCCUGUUGCUACUCGAGCUCAAAUCCCGUUCUCAGCCUGCAUGAAUGCUCUUAGUGAGCCUGAGACACUCACAGACUUCUGGAGCUCUGCGGUGCAGGGCAAGACCACUGCCACCAAGACCACACGCUUUGCUUCAUUCCCUGACUACCUAGUCAUCCAAAUCAAGAAAUUUACUUUCGGCCUGGACUGGGUCCCUAAAAAACUGGAUGUUAGCAUUGACGUUCCUGAUACACUGGAUCUGAGCGAGCUACGGGGAAAUGGACCGCAGCCCGAGGAGGAGCUUCUUCCAGAGGUGGCCCCGCCCCCUCUCAUGACCCCUGACGUGGAGGUCAAAGGUAUCCUGGGUUCCCAUGGCAACGAGGACGACGACUCUCUCUAUUCCCCACUGCUGUCUCCAGUGUUGGAUGAGUCCACAGUGUCUCAGCUGUGUGAGAUGGGCUUUCCUCUCGAAGCAUGCAGGAAGGCUGUGUAUUACACAGGGAACACGGGCAUCGACGCUGCCAUGAACUGGGUGAUGGGGCACAUGGAUGAUGCAGAUUUUGCCUCUCCUUUGGUGUUGCCUGGCUCUAGUUCUGCUCCUGGAUCCACACCCACUGAAAGCCUGUCAGAGGAGCACCUGGCGACCAUUGUCUCCAUGGGAUUUAGCCGAGAUCAAGCCUCACGUGCUCUCAAAGCUACGAGUAACAUUCUUGAGCGGGCAGUGGACUGGAUCUUCUCUCACCUGGAUGAUCUGGAGUCUAUGGAGGUGUCUGAAGGUGGACGCUCAGAGGGUGCCAGCGAAGCCAGUCGAGACGUGCCGCCUGGACCACGCGUUCGCGACGGGCCAGGAAAGUACGAGCUGUUUGCUUUUAUCAGUCACAUGGGCACGAGCACAAUGUGUGGUCACUACGUCUGCCACAUCAAAAAGGACCAACAAUGGGUAAUCUUUAAUGAUCAGAAAGUCUGCGCCUCUGAGAAACCACCGAAAGACCUGGGCUACCUGUACUUUUACAGGAGAGUGGUGGAGUAGAAGGCAUCAUCUACACACAUGCAUACACACACACACACACACACACACACGUUGUCUUAGCUGCUGAGGGAUGCGAGGGAGGGGGGGCAUACUCAAGCUUCUGAACUGACAGUUUUUUGUUUGAGCAAUUCAAGCACUUCUUCCUCUUAAACUGCCCACAGCCAGCCAGGGGAGCAUCUUUGUUAGGAGUUAGCAGUGCUGCAGGAAUCCUGAAAGCAAGUGAACUCCUACAUAACAUCUCUCUCUCUCUCUCUCUCUCUCUCUCUCUCACUCUCACUUCCUCCUCCUCUGGUUCUGUAAUGGUUUUUGUGCAGUUUGUUGCUUCUAGAGCCAGGCUCGGCUCUACCGUUUUUUUCUCCCAUGUGUUCCGAAAACAAGGUUUCUUCAAAGGAUGGAAGACUUGGAUCACUACAUGACAAUAAAGUAAAGGGUACACACUGAAGAAGAAUUACUUAAAAAAUAAAAAUCAAAAAAAUCAAACUGGUUGUGCUGUCAUGUGUUGCAAGGCUGAUAUAGCUGAAGGUUUUUUUCUCCAUUUUGGGGGAAAUGAAAUCAUUUUGUUCUUUCCGCUUUGAAAAAAAAAAUUAAAUAAAAGAUGUGUCUCUUU